GUUUUGGAGUCACACGUGUGCUUUCUUAAAAGCUGACAACACUCCCACUGCUGCACAGUAGAACCAAGAUAGAGACGAGAACACAUCUCCUGCAAAGACACUUAGAAAAUUACUGGGAGCCGCUUCAAGAUGGUGAAGGACAGUGGAAACUCUGGUGAUGCAUCAGAGACCUCACACAGGUGCGGCAUGUUCUGCCUCGGCCCUUUGACCUUUCACAAACAGGCAGUGGGAGAGAAGGUCCGCCUGAGCUGUGGGGAUCGACGCGCAGAGAGGAUCGAGGGCACCUUCAAAAACGGCCUGGUGUUCAGCAGCCGCCCGGUGAAGGUCCAGGAGAAGAUUCGUCUGAGGGUGGAGAGAGAUUUGAUCUUGUGGCACGGGGCUCUGCGCGUGGGCCUCACAAACGUGCCGCCCUCAGACAGACCCCUGCCCCUGCCUCUCAUGGCCAUUCCCAACCUCAGCAACAGCACCGGCCACUGGGCUGCUCCUGUGCCCGAGUCCUACUGCCAGGCAGGCUCAGAGCUGGUGUUCUGGGUUUCGGGUGGCGGUAACAUGUAUGUUACAAGCAACGACAGCAGGCAGCACAAGCUGCUGUCAGGAGUGGACCUGAGCCGGCCACUGUGGGCCAUGAUAGACAUCUAUGGACAGACGUGCUCCAUUUCACUCCUUGGCUCAGAGAAGAAGAAGCUGAUGUCCACUUACAGAUCCUGUCCUGCACCUGAAUUCCCCUCCUCAACUGAUGUUGACAACCGUUUGAUAGCUGACAUUUCCAGACUCUGCGGAAAUGAAUACAUCACCUGUCCUGACACAGACGUCUCAACAGACGAACCGUGUGUGGUGUGCAUGGCAAGGGAGGCGGAAAUCACCCUGCCUUGUGGUCACCGGUGUUUGUGCAAGUUCUGCACCCCUAUGGUCCUCAAGCAGUUUGGCACCUGCCCGCUGUGUCGACAUGUGAUCAGAGCUCCAGGGGACGGGUUCGCCACUGGGACAGCUCCAGGACACCAGCCAGAAAUUGAGUCAUAAAGAUAACCUAUGAGUGGCACUUCCUGAAUGUGCCCAGUGGAUAGAGCUGACACAAAAGUUGUCCUUUGUCAACACUUUAUUCCUAAAUAUGUGAAUAUUCUACUGAGAUAUUGAUGUGAAGAUACUGAUCAUGUACAAGAAACCUAAAAUAUUGCAAAACUAUAUUUUUAUAUUAUUUGAUUUUUUGGGUCAGAUGUAUUAUGAAAUAAUACACAUAGUGUAAUAAUAACGUCCAGUAUAGUUUCCACUGAUCGAUGUUGUAAAUAUUAAAUAAUCUAUUGUAAAUAUUAAAUCAAUCUUUCUUUUUGUAAAGUUAAUAAAUAUUGAUGCUUGAUCUAUUAAAUUACAAAAAAGUAUCAGAUCACUUUCUAUUAUUGUUAUAAUAGUUGAAUGUGUUAGUUGUUGUAAAAUGUGUGAAUGAUAAACAAUCAAAAAGCUUCAGUGGCUCUUGGCUUAUUAAGCUAAUACAAAAAUGAAAAAAGUAUCCAUUGUUUUACUUGUUUGUUUUGUUCUAUCAUGAUUUUUGCUAUAACAGCACAGAUUUGUAUGUGCAAUAUGAUCAUAAUAUGAAUGUACAGUGUUGUUUCCCCUGUUUGAUGAUGUACAUAUUAAUUGAAUCUCUAUUUUUUAUAAAGUAUGAAAUUGUCUUAAAGUAUGUUUUAUAUUGUUAAAUUAUCAAACCAUAAAUGUAGAAAUAAAAAAAGUUACAUUA